AUGAGUCACACAGGACAGUGUGUAAGAGGAGAGAAGAAAAGGGCUAAGAAUAGAACACCAGAGAAUAUGGAAGGGGCAGGUAAGGGACAAGCGAGAUGGGGAGAGGAGAGGAAGGCAAAGGAUGCCAGUCAGGACGGUGCCAGCUCUGGAGCUGCUGUCCAGGACCUACCUGCAGGGAAGGCGGGUACCAGCCGGCCCCAGCCAGCCAUUGUUGACUUAACAGGUGGCUCUGAGGUGGGAGAAGAGGAGGAGGAGAACACACCACUGGAAAACUGGUUCCCAUUGGUCCCUGUCAUGCUUAAAAGAGGCCCAGAGAGGCAGUCUGGACACCUUAGAUCCCAGGAUCUCCAAGGAUUUGGUGGCAUACCCACUCCAGUAUACAGAAGCAUGAGGUUCAUGACUCUCCUCUUCCUGACAGCUCUGGCAGGAGCCCUGGUCUGUGCCUAUGAUGCAGAGGCUGCCUCUGCUUCAGGAUCGGGGAACCCUUCCCGUGAGGCAUCAGCAGCUCAAGAGGAAAAUGCAGGUGAAGACCCAAGGUUAGCCAGACAGGCACCAAAGCCAAGGAAGCAGAGAUCCAGCCUUCUGGAAAAAGGUCUAGAUGGACUUGAAAAUCUAGGAAAAGAAGCAGUUGACAAUCUAGAAAAUACAGGUAAAGCUGUCCUAGAAACAAUCCAUGAUGCUAAAGACGUCCUUGACUCAGCACUACAGCUGUAAGGAGAAGCUGAGAAAUGAUGCCCAGGAGCAGCAGAUUUUAAGUCUUCAGCCUAAAACCUAAAAAAAAAAAAAAAAAAAAAAGUCAAAACAGCUAUUAAAUUGAAAGCAUCUGUAA